GGCAGCAGCGCAGUCUAUUUGGAGCCACUGGUUGAGAUCAUUCAACUGUGAGGACGGACCGAAGGGAUUGUGGGAUACAAAAUCGUCAGCCUACACUUGCUGAAAUCUUCCAGAAAACGAUGUCAUUUUCUCACAGAAAGCCAUGAAAGGGUCGGAUGAGUGAAAAUCGGAGAUGCCGAGCAAGGAUACGAUCCCGGAGCGUUUUUAAAAUUAGACUGUGGGUGUGUGCGUCGGGCUCGCCGUUACCUCCGGACCGCACUCGCCCAACUUCCCCCCCAUUUUCAUCAAGUCAUGUCUGAUACAGAGCGAUGGGCAAGUUUGACGACAACGAGAGGAUAAUCCUCAACGUCGGGGGCACCAGGCACGAAACCUACAAGACCACCCUGAAGACCCUGCCGGGGACGCGACUGGCGCUGCUCGCCUCCGACUCGGACAUCGACUCCGUGCUGGAUCAGCUGCAACAAGUCCCCGGCUUCAUCGAGUACAACGCGAGGACCAACGAGUACUUCUUCGACCGCCACCCAGGUGUCUUCGCCUACGUCCUCAACUACUACCGCACCGGGAAACUCCACUGCCCGGCGGAUGUGUGCGGACCGCUGUUCGAGGAGGAGCUGUCCUUCUGGGGCAUCGAUGAGACGGACGUGGAGCCCUGCUGCUGGAUGACUUACCGGCAGCACCGGGACGCGGAGGAGGCGCUGGACGUGUUCGAGCUCAACGUGGACAACGGGGACGAGGACGACGAGAUAGGGAAGAGGCUAGGCAUUGAGGAUGUGGCCGCCGACGGUAAUAUCAGCCUGUGGAGGAAGUGGCAGCCGGUGAUCUGGAAUCUAUUCGAGGAUCCCUACUCUUCCAGGGCGGCGAGGUUUAUUGCCUUUGCAUCUUUGUUCUUCAUCUUGGUCUCCAUCACCACCUUCUGCCUGGAGACUCACGAGGCUUUCAACACCAUCAUUAACAAAACCGAGGUGCGGAACAACAGUCUGCAGGACCUCAGCCCGCAGUAUGAGAUUGAAACUGACCCGGCGCUCACCUACGUGGAGGGUGUUUGUGUCUUCUGGUUUACCAUCGAGUUCCUGGUGCGUGUGACCUUCAGCCCGGACAAGCUGGAGUUUGUAAAAAGCGUGCUCAACAUCAUCGACUUCGUGGCCAUCCUGCCCUUCUACUUGGAGGUAGGGCUGAGUGGUCUUUCAUCGAAGGCAGCCAAGGAUGUGUUGGGGUUCCUCAGGGUGGUGCGCUUCGUCCGUAUCCUGCGUAUCUUCAAGCUAACGCGUCAUUUUGUGGGGCUGAGGGUGUUGGGCCACACGUUAAGGGCCAGCACCAACGAGUUCUUGCUGCUCAUCAUCUUCCUGGCACUGGGGGUGUUAAUUUUCGCCACAAUGAUCUACUAUGCUGAGCGCAUUGGCGCCAGUCCAAAUGACCCCACCGCUAGCCACCACACCAUGUUCAAGAACAUCCCCAUUGGCUUCUGGUGGGCUGUGGUCACCAUGACCACACUGGGCUAUGGCGACAUGUAUCCACAGACGUGGUCAGGCAUGCUGGUGGGUGCGUUGUGCGCCUUGGCAGGGGUGCUGACGAUAGCCAUGCCCGUGCCCGUCAUCGUCAAUAACUUUGGGAUGUACUAUUCCCUGGCCAUGGCCAAGCAGAAGCUGCCCAAGAAGAGAAAGAAGCACAUCCCUCAGGCGGUGCAGGGAGGGUCCCCCACCUACUGCAAAGCUGACCUCAACACCACCUGCAACAGCACCCAGGGUGACCUGUGCCACGUCAAGGGGAGCAGGGUACUAGAACGCAACCGCUCAGUCCUGUCGGCGGACUGCAGCGGGGGGAGCGACCUGACCAUGUCACCAGAGGAGAGGGUCCCGAUGCGACGGUCCAGCACCCGCGAUCAGGACCGCCGGAGCGGGGGGACGUGCUUCCUGCUCGCUGCUAGCGACUACACCUGCCCUGCAGACGGAGGGAUACGCAAGACAGGCUAUGAGAAAUCCCGGAGCUUAAACAACAUAGCGGGCAUGACUGGCAUGGCUGGUAACGCCCUGAGGUUGUCUCCUGUGAGCUCGCCGUACGAUAACUGCAAAGAGGUUGUCUUUACUGGUUUCACACAAGCAGAGAGCAGCGUUCUAUCUUAAUGGCUUGGGGGAAGGCACCGCCAUGGCGGAAAGGUAACCUUGUCCUUCUGAACGGGCAUGUGGGUAGGAUUGCAGUGCAGAGCCCUCUCGCCCUCCUCGUCAUCACUUGUGUUUCUUGGUGUUUUUUCAUGUGCACUGAAAAAGGGGGUAAUUCAAUAAUCUACAGAGGAUAUGAUGUAUAUCGUCGCACCGAGUAAAAAUGCACACACUCACAGGAUUGCUGCAGCCUGUUGGCACCAUAAAAAGGUGCUGUAUGUAGCAUUUUAAUAACAAUAAAUCAUCACAGCAAUAAUUUGGAGACUCCAGUGAAUCUACAAAUGUGUGCCAACAGGUUAGACAGAAAAUCUGCUGGAUUUCUUUACAGCAUGAAGGGAUAUUGCUUCAUAGCACAAACAGGAACAUGAAGUGCAUAGCCUAAGUCAAAUCAAGUCAAUCUUUAUUAUCCCAAGGGGAAAAUCUGUUUGCACACAAUCCAACAGCAUGACACUAAAACAAACAUAUUCCUACCAAACACCUAUUUCCUGAGUGAAUUUAGCAACUUCAUAGCCACAGGAAUAAUCCCUCUUAGUCCGUUAUUCCAGUUUAACUGCAUAGUUUCAAAAUGUUCCUGGUUGUCAGAUGUUAUUCGGCUUACAUUCUUGUUCUUCAAAUUAAAAACCUGUGGAGCAAAGAGGUAAAAGUAGCAUAACAACGUCCUCUUUGCAGCAGGAGGCAACAGGAUUCCUGAUAAAUGAGACACAAAAUGCUACACACAGCACCUUUAUGCAGCAGGAUCUGGCUGUCUACACGGUGGAUCUCUAUACCUCCUCACACCGCUCAGACUCCAGUAUUUUCUCUGGAAACUGAAAGAUUUAACUGUUCUUUGCCAGACAGGCAGAGGUUGAACUCCCUCCAAAUGGUUUGGUGUGUCACUAAAUCUCGUCUUUAAACUGAAGCAGCUUUUUUUGAUUCAUUCCCGGGCGAUGUGAUUUAUUAUUGAUGAGAGUUUUUGUGACACACACAAAUUGCUGCUGUGCACCAACAGGUGUGGGACAGCAGACAUCACAUUCAGCCAUGUGCCUCGCCCAACACUACAGUAUGUCUAUACCAGUAGCAGAAGGUUGCUUAGCAACUGGCUCACAGUUAGAUGCAUCUUACACAUAGCUUGGCAAAAAGUCAACCAAUUAAAAGAGGAGCUCUUGCUAACAUUUCUCUUUGUCUUUAAACCAAAUUAUUGAAUCACCCCCACCAAACCAUUGCAAUACACAAUAGAGCUUUUAUAACUAUAGAUAUAUGCUCAAGAGAACGGCAUAGAUUUGUACUAUGUUCCUGUUUAUAUUAUCUAACUGUAGGCCUACAGCUUUUGUGCAUAUAUUAAAAAAAUAGCCGAUGUCUGCAUGCCAGUUCUUCUAAAAUGAUGCUCAACACAGACAGAUGCAUUUCUGAUAUUUAGAGAUGUGACCUGUUUAUAUUUUAUUCAGACAAUUCAUUUCCUAUUUGAAUGACGGUGGGAUAAGACUGUCAUCAGUGUGAGGACCUAUUGCAGUGAGUGGUCCCGUUUGGAGCUUGUGAGGCCACUCCUAUGGGACAUUACCGACCGGGACGGACGCAAAAACCAUGGACUGACAGCCACCCAGCCCACGGCUCAGUGAGUGGGAGAGGAACUUACUGAUCAAAGGGAAUUCUGGGAAUCAGAGGACUUUGAUAAGCAUUUACCUUUCCUGAUUUUUUUUUUUCCUUUUUUUUUUUUUUUUUCCUUUUUUUGGACUUGAGCCGAACUGGCGCACCGGAGU